UUGCCGCACCCGCCUCGCUUUCUGCCCUUUUGCCCCUCCCAAACUCCAAUCUCCUCCCCCAAAACCCCCCUCUUCUGCCCAAAAUCCCUCCUCCUCUCUUUGCCCUUCCUUCAAAUCCCUCGCUUGCCCUCCCGAUUCCCGCCACCCCCCAACGUUCCCCUCUCUGUCCCCCCGGAAAGAAGCCACCUUUGCUUCCUCCGCCUGCUGUAAACCUAUGCUCGAUCUGUUCUUCGCCUACCCCCUCCCCGCCGAUUCCUCCCGGUUUCGUUCCUCGCGGCUUCUUCGACGUUUUCCCCCGGCAAAGGUCGGCUCUUGACCGCGGUCGCGUAUACUGCCUUUAGCGUUUGGAUGCUGUUGGAGGAUUGGCAGAUCAGAAUUUGAGCUGAGCAUUUCAAGCUUACAUGGCCAACCAUGAUUUAGUUCUCGGGCAGAACCCCGAUCUAGUCCUUGGCCAGAACCACGAUCUGGUUAUCGGCCAAGGACAUGGUUUAGGCCUUGGGCAGAGGCAUGGCCUUGGCCUUGGCCAUGCUCAUGACCAUGACCUCGGUUUAGGCCAAGCCCAUGACCAUGAGCUUGGUCUCGGGCAUCCCCACGACAGCCGGCUUGUCUUGGGGCAGCAGCAUCAUCCCCAUGACCAUGGCCGUGACCAUAGCAAUGAGCUCGCGUUGGGACAGAACAAUGACACUGAUGAGGAUGCUCUUGAUGCACAAAAUCACGAGUUGGGUAUAUCGGACAACCAUGAAUUGACUCUUGCUGAGACCCAUGGUCUUGGGGUCGAUCAGAACAUGGUCCAUCUCUCCAUCGACCAGGCACAGGAGCUUGGCCUCCAGUCCGCGCAUGACAUCUCACAGGGCCACAUGCUGGUCCCUCAGGUGUUGCAGAAUCGCAGACUGAUUGUGAACCCAGACCAUCAGCUGACUAUUAGCCAGGAGUUCUCCGAUGUCAAGAGUUGCCGCCGAGCUAUACGGGAUGCUGCAAUUGCUUGCCGUUUUGAGAUACAGACUGUGAAAUCAGAUAAGACACGCUUCACAGCGAAGUGUGCAGCUGAGGGGUGCCCAUGGCGCAUUCAUGCUGCAAAGCUGCCGGGUGUUCCAACUUUCACCAUCAGAACCAUCCAUGAGAUGCACACAUGCAGUGGGAUUAACCAUCUUGGGCAUCAGCAAGCAUCAGUUCAGUGGGUUGCCAACUCUGUGGAGGAACGGCUCAGAGAGAACCCACACUGCAAGCCAAAGGAGAUACUAGAAGAGAUUCACCGCAUGCAUGGGAUCACCUUGUCAUACAAGCAGGCCUGGAGAGGGAAGGAGAGGAUAAUGGCCGCUGUUCGAGGGUCCUUUGAAGAAGGUUAUCGUCUCCUACCACAGUAUUGUGAUCAAGUGAAAAGGACAAAUCCAGGAAGCAUUGCAACCAUAUAUGGAAAUCCAGAGGAUAAUUGCUUCCGUCGACUUUUCAUCUCAUUCUAUGCCUCAAUAUAUGGUUUUGUCAAUGCAUGCCGGCCACUCAUUGGACUCGAUAGAACUCUUUUAAAAAGUAAAUAUCUUGGCACCUUGCUCUUAGCCACUGGGUUUGAUGGAGAUGGUGCUCUGUUUCCUCUUGCUUUUGGGGUUGUUGAUGAGGAAAGCGAUGAUAAUUGGAUCUGGUUUUUAUCUGAACUUCAUACUUUGCUUGAGGCAAAUACGGAGAACAUGCCGAGGCUCACGAUACUGUCAGAUAGGCAGAAAGGUAUUAUAGACGGUGUUGACUUCAACUUCCCAACUGCCUUCCAUGGGUUUUGCAUGCGCCACCUCAGUGAGCUUUUCCGCAAAGAGUUUAACAAUGAUGCACUUGUAAAACUCCUCUGGGAAGCUGCCCAUGCUCUCACAGUUAUUGAAUUUGAGGCAAAGAUAUUAGAAAUAGAAGAAACAUCACAGGAGGCUGCAUUUUGGAUUAGGCGCAUUCCACCACGUCUUUGGGCUACGGCCUACUUCGAGGGAACACGAUAUGGCCAUUUGACAGCAAAUGUAGUUGAAUCAUUGAAUAAUUGGAUACUUGAAGCUUCUGGACUGCCAAUAAUUCAGAUGAUGGAAUGUAUUAGGCGGCAGUUGAUGACCUGGUUCAAUGAACGACGUGAGGCUAGCCUGCAGUGGACGUCGAUUCUUGUACCAUCAGCUGAACGACGAGUGUCUGAUGCCAUAGAAUGUGCACGGGGUUAUCAAGUAGGACGAGCGAAUGAGGCCGAAUUUGAAGUUGUCUCUCCUCAUGAGGGGACCAAUAUUGUGGACAUUCGCAACCGGUGUUGUCUGUGUCGAGGGUGGCAACUUUAUGGUCUACCAUGUGCUCAUGGUGUGGCAGCUCUUCUUUCGUGUCGACAGAAUGUUCAUAGAUACACAGAGAGCUGUUUCACUGUCGCAACUUAUAGGAAGACCUAUUCGCAAACUAUUCAUCCAAUACCAGAUAAAAGUCUUUGGAAAGAGAUGUCUGAUGCAAAUCAGGAAGGUGAUAAUAAAAUUGAGAUAGUCAUUAAUCCGCCCAAGUCCCUUAGGCCUCCAGGCAGACCUAGAAAGAAGAGAGUUAGAGCAGAAGACAGAGGACGAGUUAAACGGGUCGUGCAUUGUAGCCGGUGCAAUCAAACAGGUCACUUCAGAACGACAUGUGCUGCACCCAUAUAGUUGUUGCCACUAUGCUGGCCAUAUUCAUGUGAAAAUUAAGGCAUGUGCCUAUCUAUGUGAACCUCCAGUGAACUUAUUUCUUGGGGAUUGGUUUCUUAGUUUUUUUUUCAUCCUUUCUUUUUAUUUGUAGAUCUAUGGUUUUCAUGUAUCAACCGAAAAAAAUAGAGCUAAAAAAUGCUCUGAUCUGCAGUUUGGAGCCUCGGAUCGAUACAGUGGUGUUAGAUCCAGGUAGUCGGUCCUAAACAGUUGAGACAUUAGGGUUUGUUGUUGUGAAUGAUGGUAAGUUAUUGUACAGUUAACGAGGCCUCGAUGAUAUUGUUGGAAUAAGUCUCGUUUCAGAAUGUCCUUUGAGCUA